GCAGUGUUUACAAAACUGAUGUCAACAGUUUCAGUUUCGUCAUCUCCGCAGUUUUGCAUCUUUUGCAUCCGAAAAUCUUAAAUCCUUUCGUUGGUGCUGAAAAAUUAAUUUUCCCCAUGCCGUAGUGAUGAAAAGCCCUGCCCCGAACAUCGAGCGUGCCUGCGUGGUGGUCCUGGGCGACAUUGGCCGCAGCCCCCGGAUGCAAUACCACGUGAAAAGCCUGGCCGAAUCGCGCUACUGCGUGGACUUGGUUGGAUACGUGGAAUCCAAACCGUUGGAAGAUCUGACGUCGAAUCCCAACGUGAGAAUCCAUCCGCUGAGCCCCUUCCCGGAACUGCACCUACCCGGGCUGGCCAAGUACCUAUUCAAAUCAUGCUGGCAAGCGCUGACCCUGCUGAUGGUCCUCAUCAGCAUCCGGAAGCCGAAGUUCAUCCUGUGCCAGAAUCCUCCGGCCAUUCCGACAGUGGUCGUAGUUUAUGCGUAUUGUUUUUUCGCCCGGUCCAAAAUGGUCAUCGAUUGGCACAACUAUACGCACACGAUUCUGGCCAUGGCGUCAUCAUCCGGGUCGAAGAGUCCCAUCGUCCGGCUGGCCAAGGCUAUUGAAGCGUACUUUGGCCGGAAGAGCGUCGAGAAUCUCUGCGUCACCAAAGCGAUGCAACAGGAUCUCCAAGAAAACUGGAAUAUCAGUGCAACAGUUUUGUAUGAUCGUCCACCACUACAAUUUCACCCAAUAACGCUUGAAGAGAAGCACAACCUGUUUAUGGAUCUCGCUAAAAUAAUCCCACAAUUUGCAAGCACUGAGCGCAACGCAUUGGAGGAAGCGUCGGCUUUCACCGUUAAACUUGCCACUGGUGAGGUUCAGUAUCGUCCGGACCGUCCGGCUCUACUCAUAUCUAGCACCAGCUGGACUCCGGACGAAGAUUUUGGAGUACUGCUCGCCGCGUUGGAUGCCUACGAAAUGCGCGCCAUAAAUGAGCCCAAACACUAUCCAUACCUGGUUUGCGUUAUAACAGGUAAAGGGCCACAGAAAGAGCACUACAAAGCUCUGAUAAGGGAGAGACCUUGGCAGAAAGUAUCGGUCGUAACUCCGUGGCUGGAGAAUGCUGACUACCCAAGGCUUCUUGCGGCCGGAGAUCUCGGCGUUUGUCUACAUUAUAGCUCCAGUGAUCUUGACCUUCCCAUGAAGGUAGUCGACAUGUUCGGCUGUGGGCUGCCAGUCUGUGCCAUGGGCUUCAAAUGCAUUGGUGAACUGGUACAGCAUGGGCAGAAUGGCUUUGUAUUCGGUACUUCCGAUGAAUUGGCGAGCCAGCUCAGUGACUGGUUCCAGGAUUUUCCGACGAAUGUGGCCUUAACCAACCAAAAAGAGAGAAUCAACCAAAAAUUGAAGGAAUUCCAGCAGCUACGCUGGGUGGAGAAUUGGGAUCGAAAUGUGAAACCUUUGCUUGAGAGGAUCUGAUUGCCGAAACGACCACGGUAGGUGAUUUUGAGUACAAUACUUAAAUUUUCCGAUAUUGAAUAUUGUAAGCUUUGGAAUCUUGAAA